CCUUGUCCAUUCAGUCCUCCCUCUGGGUUGGCUCCAGCGACACCACCGCCACCGCUACCACUGCUAUCGCCUAUCUGAUUCCCGCCCCUCGCUAGGCAUCCGACAACGAGCUGCACCCCGCCCGCAGCCGACUACGAAACUCCCUUGUUCCUGCUCCGUCCGACGCCUUCAGUGGCAGUCGGAGACUAUGUCGAAUCCGCCCUCGAUCAAAGCAGGACAGUCCAGCAGCAAAAGCCAAUCGCUUGCUACCCAAAACCAGAUCAGUCCCGCGCUUUCGUCAACACAGCAAUUCUUCCAGGACUCUCCGGCCGGAAGAAAGGGUGGCGCGUUUGCUUCGCGAUCGUCCCCAGCCGCUCCUCGAAACCAGCAAUCUGCAAAGCCCAAGCACGGAAAGAGCAAGAAGUUUCGGUCGUUGGAUGAGGAUGCAGAUGCUGAGGAGUUCAGCAUGCAGAAUCCACACGGCCGACGCGGCCAACAGAGCAUCACGCACUUGAUGCAGUUCGCUUUGCCACCGCGACCAAACACGCACGAUCGAUAUCACAGACAUAGUUACAACGGCCCGCGGCGUAACAAUCGCCACAAUGCGACGUGGGGCUUAGGAAGUGGUUAUCAUGCAGUAGAUAAGGCGAGAUACAUACAUGCCAACUACCGCUUCAUUGUCGAUCCGAGAGGCGAUUACCACGCUCAAGCCGAGGACGCUGACGUGCACCUGGACUGGAAUAAUGUCUUGCAGGUCAUUGCUUCAAGUAAGACACAGAACGCGUCUUGCCCGAUCUGCCUCGGCGAGCCUACUGCACCUCGAAUGGCGAAGUGUGGGCACAUAUUCUGCAUGCCGUGUUUGAUCCGGUACAUGCAUUCUGAAGAUGCCUCAAAUCCUCCUCCGGAAAAGAAGGCGAAGUGGAAGAAGUGUCCAAUCUGCUACGACAGCAUCUAUAUCUCCGAGACCCGGCCUGUGAGGUGGUUUGAUGGGCAAGAGAACGACCCUCCGCGUGAAGGAGGAGACAUGGUACUGCGGCUGGUGAAGAGAAGACCUGGUCAGACUUUGGCAAUGCCUCGCGAAAGCGGCGAAGUUAUCGCAAAGGGAGACGAUAUUCCUUGGUACUUCGCGACCGAAGUAAUGGACUACGCGAGAGUGAUGAAGGGUAGUGAAGAUUACAUGCUGCAGCAAUUCGAUGAAGCCAUUGCCGCAGUACAGCAGCUGGAAAAAGAGGAUGAACUGAUGUUCGGAGAGGAUACGCAAUGGACGGGCAGAGCUGUACGGGCUCUCCGGGAGGCAAAGGAGAAGGUGCGAGGAAUCGGGAACCCUCCUGCUCAGCCACGGAAACCAGAUCCGGCUGAGGAGGCAGCGCCAAGUCGCCCACCGAUCCAGUUCAAUGCGAGCGAUGACGGAGUGCCAGAUAUGUAUCUGCAGAAACACGCCGAAGCACAACCUCCGAUUCCAGCAGAAGGUGCCAGCUCAAGCCUCGAGCAGGUGCUCGAAGACAGGCCCUACGUACCCCGAACUCUUACUGAGAUGCGCCAGCGGCAAACGGAGAAACCACAACCGAACGAGUACCUCUUCUACCAUGGUCUGCAGCACUUCUACCUCUCGCCUCUCGACAUCAGGAUCUUGAAGACAGCCUUUGGGUCCUAUCACUCGUUCCCAUCAAGCAUACUCCCACGAGUUGAGCGCGUUUCUAGUGGACAUGUGGUCGAUGAUGACUUGCGGAAACGCGUCAAAUAUCUCGGACACUUGCCAUAUGGCUGCGAGGUCGGCUUCCUGGAAUGCGACUGGCGAGAUGUCGUCAGUGCUUCCGUGCUUGAGGAGUUCCGUCCGAUGCUUGAGAGGCGCAGAAAGCGAAAUGAUGAAAAGGAGACCCGAGAAGAGAAAGAACGCAUUCGGAUCGAGAAGGCGCAGGAGCGUGAGCUCGCGCACAUUCGACAGCAAAGACGAUCAAGCAUCACGAGAAAUGACGAAUUCUUUGCGCCUGCUUUGCCGCCAAAUCUAUCGGGCGAGAUCGAUAUCCCUACCGGCUCAAGUCCCAGAGCGGAUCGUCCAGGCUUUGGUAGCUUAGCCUCGCCUGGCACUUCUCCUAGUAUGCCUCGGACGGUGUGGGGCACUGCGGCGUUGCCUGCAUCGGGUGAUGCAGCGAAUCUGCCCACAGACAAUCAGUUCUCGCAACAGGAAGACGGCUGGUUGCAAGGUUGGGAGAGAGACUUGCUCGACCAUGAUGCUCAGCAAGCACUUGCCGCGAGCAUGGAUGGACUCAACGUGCAAGUCAAACCUGCUGGUGGCAAGAAGGGAAAGAAGAAGAACAAGAUCACUCUGAUGAGUACUGGUGGUGCUCGUCGUGGAGCAUGAGCUCAGUAAUGUUCUGAGCUGAUGGGCAACAUUCAUUUUGUAGCGGAAGCCAGCGCCGACGCUCGUAUGCUCCAAACCUUUCGGCAGGACAGGGCCGAAGUUAUGUAUAUGCGUAGGUUCAAAUCUGCUUAGACGCUGCAUAGGCUUUGCAAUCAGAUUAGGUAGCUCCAUAUCGACCAUGUUCUUGUUCAUAGCCGAC